UGGAACCCGGGGGGAUGACAGCAAACUCCUCUAGUCACGUAUCCUCGUCUUUUCCACGCUGACUUUAUCAUGAUUUACAUUCAUAAAUACAUUGGUACAUUUUUACCGUGAUAUGAAAACUAAAAGUAAGCGAUUCUUAGCCUUAUAAACUAAAAGGACAGGCGCAAACUUGUCACUCACGCAUGUUUCACAGCAACAGCUUGAAACCAGCUUCGACCAAUGAACGUGAAGCUACACGUUUAUGGAGCCGCCAAGGACGAAUCAUAUCUCAUAAAAAGGAAAAUAGUCCAGCCUAUGUCGUGUGGAAUGCUGGGAUUGACAACAAACUUCUCUAGUCGACUAUCUCUAGCUCCCCCUCCCACACACACACCCACACCCGCUAGCGUUCAAACUUGUUUUUUGGGGUGGGGGAGACAAGAUGGAAAAUGUUCAUCUGGCGGUAGAGGAAGAGGAUAUUUACUCGGGAUACAACGACUACAACCCAACGUACGACACCGAGGAGCUGGAUAAUGAUGCGGGCUUCCAAGAGGCAGUCAGGACCAGUCAUGGAAGAAGACCCCCGAUGACUGCUAAAUUUCCUGGGACUGCCGCAUCGGGGCGCCCUCUCGUUUCCUCCUUUGGAGCUCGGCUGUCCAUGACCGGUCGACCCAUGACUGGAGCUGUACUGGAUGGAGCGUCUCGGCCCAUGUCAGCGGUCAGAGCGGCGGGUUUCACCUCAUCGCGAGCAUGUGGCUCAGCUUUUGACCCUCUGGGACAGUCUAGAGGCCCUGCGCCAGCACUGGAGGAAAAGAAAGAGGAUUUGCCCGAGGAGAAGAUCAAGCUCUUGGAGAAGAAAGUGAACGACUUAAUCACUGAGAGCUGCAUGGCGCAAAGCUUGGGCAACUUGCAACUGGCUCUUGAGAAGGCUAAAGACGCUGAGAGGAAGGAGAGAGUGUUAGUGAGACAGAGGGAGCAGUGUGGCAAUGCAGAACAAAUCAACAUAGAUCUCACCUACGCUGUUCUGCUCAACCUGGCUAAUCAGUAUGAAAACAAUGAGAUGUACCCAGAGGCCCUGAGCAGCUACCAACUCAUUGUCAAGAACAAGAUGUUCACCAAUGCAGGACGUCUGAAGGUGAACAUGGCCAACAUCUGGGUGAAGCAGAAGAACUACCCCAAGGCCAUUAAGUUGUACCGCAUGGCACUGGACCACAUCUCGGACGACUACAAGGAGAUGAGGAUCAAGAUCAUGCAGAACAUCGGCACAGUCUUCGUGCUGCUGGGCCAGUACUCGGACGCCGUCGCGUCCUUCGAGCACAUUAUGAGCAAAAGCGCCAACGUCAGGACCGGCUACAACCUGGUCCUCUGCUACUAUGCCACCCGGGACGCCGACGGCAUGAAGAACGCCUUCCACAAGCUCCUCGCUGUGCCCCUCGACAUGCAGCACGAAGACAAGUACAUCGCCGGCAACGAUGACAUCAGAUCCAACAUGUUAAUGGAGGCCAUCAAGAAUGACAAGCUGCACAAAAUGGAGAGAGACUUGAAAGCUCGUGCUGAAAAGUACGUGAUGACGGCUGCCAAGCUCAUCGCCCCGGUCAUCGAGUCUUCUUUUGCCGCCGGAUUUGACUGGUGCGUGGAUAUGGUAAAGAGCUCUCAGUACGUGGAGCUGGCCAAUGACUUGGAGAUAAACAAAGCCAUCACAUACCUCAGACAGAAGGACUUCAACCAGGCAGUGGCCAUCCUGAAGACCUUCGAGAAGAAGGAAAGCAGAGUCAAAAGUGCUGCCUCCACCAACCUCUCCGCCCUCUUCUUCCUGGAGAAGGACUACGAGCAGGCUGAGCGAUAUGCUGACCUGGCCAUGAUUGCUGACCGCUAUAACCCGGGAGCUCUAGUCAACAAAGGCAACACGGAGUUUGUUAAGCAGGACUACGCCAAGGCAGCCGAGUACUUCAAAGAAGCACUGAGGAACGACUCCUCUUGCACUGAAGCCCUCAGGAACCUGGGUCUAACGUACAAGAAGCUGCAUCAUCUGGAGGACGCACUGGACUGCUUCCUGAAGCUCCACACCAUCCUCAGGGACAGCGCCGAGGUUAUGUAUCAGCUGGCCGACACCUACGAACUCAUGGAGGACCCUCAUCAGGCGGUGGAGUGGCUAAUGCAGGUCAUCAGCGUGGUCCCCAACGACCCUAAGGCUCUGGCCAAGCUGGCAGAUCUGCACGACUUAGAAGGGGACAAGUCACAGGCUUUGCAUUACUACUGCGAGUCCUUCAGGCUGUUCCCCUGCAACAUGGAGGUGAUCGAGUGGUUGGCUGCCUACUACGUGCAGACGCAGCUCUACGAGAAGGCCAUUCACUACUUUGACAGAGCCAUACUUGUGCAACCGACUGAGGUGAGGUGGCAACUCAUGGUGGCCAGCUGUUACAGGAGAAGUGGGAACUACCAGAAAGCUUUGGACACAUACAAAGAAAUCCAUCGCAAGUUCCCUGAAAAUGUGGAAUGUCUACGCUUCCUGGUGAGGCUGAGUCAGGACAUGGGCCUGCAGGAGGUCCAGGACUACACUAGCAAGCUGAAGAAAGUGGAGAAGAUGAAGGAGCUCAGAGAACAGAGGGUGAAGUCGGCACGAGAGGGCAGUGCCCGAUGUCGCAGAGAGGGCAGCGCAGGAAGUGCUGACAGCGGCCACAGCAGCAGCAACGGCAACAAAGGCGAGCGUCUGGGUGCCCAGGUGAUGUCACUUCCUGCUACCAACGACCCUUACGAGAGCAGCAGCCCCAAAGAACUCGAUGCCUCCUACGUGGAUCCACUAGGGCCCCUGAUGGAGCGACCUAAGACGGGGGCCAAGGUGCGGGUGGACGAUGACGACUUCGCGGACGAAGACCUUGGAGAUGAGCUGCUGCCCGAGUAGCUUCGUGGCACACUUUGCAAACUAACGUGAACAACUGGUUUGCACACAAAAAGCUGCCGACACCAGUUUCACAGAUCGACAUGAAAUUUGGUGGACAUGUCUAUCAUAAAAAGACGCACGAAAAAGUCUCAUGGCCUCACACCUGAAAUUGAACAGGAAGUGGGCCAUUUUGGUUUGAAGCAGCCAUUUGGGGAACAAAUUUGGUGAAAAGGGGGCUUAGAACGUGAGACGAAAUCUGCCCGUCACCACUUUCAACGGAUCAAUAAGAAAUUGGGUGGACAUGGCAAUCGUAAUCAGACGCAUGAAAACGUUUAAUGGAACCAUGCCAGAAAUUGAAGAGGAAGUGAGCUGGUUUGGUUUCGAGUUGAUUUCAACAUCCAUUUUCAAAACGAAUGAUGUGAAAUGGGGGCCAUUAGAAAGCUAGAAAAAAAAUCCGCUCCGGUCAUCACUUCCACAGAUCGACAUAAAAUUGGGUGGACACGUCCGUCAGAACAGGAUUUACAAAAAUGUUUCAUGGACCCAUGUCCGAAUUUGAACAGUUGAGCGGCCAUUUUGGUUUGAAGUACCCAUUUUGGGCAACUCGCAGUCUUUUUGCUUUGUUAGAAAAACAGUUGAAAAAACAAUCACUCCCGGAAACAGGUUUUACUGAUCAAAGCGAAACAAGACUCAUACCUGAAACCUGAAGAAGUCAGCCAUUUUUAUUUGAAGCAACAGUUUUGGGGACAAAUACAGUUGAAAAGGGGACCUAGAAAGUUAGAAAAAAAUCAACCCACAUCACGAGUUUUACAGAUCGACACAAUAUUGGGGGCCAUGUCUAUAAUAACCAGAUGCACGAACAAGUCUGGUGGAUUCAUGCCUGAAAUUGAACAGGAAGUGGGCCAUUUUGGGUUGAAGCAGCCAUCUGGGGGGACAAAUUCAGUGAAAAGGCCUAGAAAGUAAGGAAAAAAAUCAGCCCUGGUCACUUGUUUUAUAGCUAGACACGAAAUUGGGUGGACAUGUCUAACAGAAAGUCAGCCAUUUUGGUUUGAAGCUGCCAUUUUUUUUUUUUUUUUAUUCCCCGGCUCGUAACUUGUUCAAAAGUUGGAAAAACAGUCUACCCCAGACACCAUUUUAAAUUAUUGACACAAAACUGGAUGGACAUUUCUAUCAUAACAAGAUGCACGAAAACGUUCUAAACACCCACACCUGAAAUUAAACAGGAAGUCUGCCAUUUUGGUUUGGAGUGCAGCCAUUUUGGACAAAUUCCAGGGCUCAUACUUGGACAACGCCAUGGGAAAAGUUGGUGUUGGUGGUUCGUUCACAGCUUUAAUUAUUUGUGUUCAGUGUCCACUAUUAUUGUAUAUUUAAGUAGAAAGUAUUUUGUUUAAACACUCUUGACAUAUUAACUGCAAUAUUGGUACACAUGCACAUUACAAGUGCUGAAAGGAAAACAAAUCUGCCUUUACAGACAUUAGUUAAUUUUUAAUUGACAAUAACAGAGUUAUCCAUUUCAUUUCAUAUCAUCCAUUUUCUAUACUCAUCCUCAUUCGGGUUGCGGGUGAGGUGGUGUGUAUCCCAGGUAACUUUGGGAAAGAGAAGCAGGGUACAAUCUGGACCGGUUGAACAAGCAUUAACAAUCAUAUUCAGACCUAUGGACAAUUUAGUCUUCAAUGAGGCUACUAACAUGCAUGUUUUUUUUAAAUCUGGGAGGAAGCCAGAGUACCCAGAGAAAACCAUACGCACAGGUAGAACAUACAAACUUCACACAGGAAAACCAGAGCCAAGAUUUAAACCCAGAAUCUCAUAAGUGUGAGCCAGGUGUGCAUAGCAUUCUGCUCCAAGCAAAAGCACAUAUCCCCAAAUUGUACAAAAUCAUCAUGAAUUCCUGCCACAAUAUCAAUAUUUGACACUAGUGUAUCAAUACUGUAUGGUAUAAAUAAUGAUGCCAAACCCCAAUAUCGAUAUUUGUAUAUUUUUUCUACCACUACAGUAGUGUCUGUUACUAAUGGGUAGGAAUCCCAGAGUAACUCCAUCCAUCAAUUUUCUGUACCGCUUAUCCCCACAAGGGUCGCGGGCAUGCUGGAGCCUAUCCCAGCUAUCUUCAGGCGAGAGGCGGGGUAGCAGUUCUAUUCUAAAGUCUACAAAACCAUGUUGUCUGACAAUUUGCAGAAAAAUACAUCCAAACUAAUCGGGAGAAGCUUCAUCAUGCAACAAGUCAAUGUCCCAAAACACACUGCCAACACAAAAAAGGACUUCAGCAGGGGGAAAACGUGGAAGGUCUUACAUUGGCCAAGUCAAUCACCGGACCUUAACCCAAUUUUACCUCCUGAAGAGGAGACUAAAGGGAGAAACCCCCAGAAACAAACAAGAACUAAAAGAAACUGCAGUAAAGGCCUGAAAAAGCAUUUCAAAUGAAGAAUGCAACAGUCUGGCAGGCUUGAUGCAGUUAUUGCAAGUAAGGGUGAUGCUACCAAAUAUUUAAUGAAAUAUUUAAGUUAAUUAAAUCAUAUCUGGCCGGGAAGGUGGGCGACUGGCACAUCUGGCUCACAGUUCUGAGGACCGGUAUUCAAAUCCCAACCCUGCCUGUGUGGAGUUUGCAUGUUCUCCCCGUGCCUGUGUGGGUUUUCUCUGGGCACUCUGGUUUCCUCCCACAUCCCAAAAACAUGCGUGGUGGGUUGAAUGAAGACUCUAAAUUGCCCGUAGGUGUGAAUGUGAGUGCGAAUUGAUGUUUGUUUCAAUGUGCUCUGCGAUUAGCUGGCGAGGGGACUGUACACUGUGUAUUUAAACCAACCACAUAGCUUUGCCUUACGAUAGUCUAUUUAGCUCAAUGCUAACCAUCAAUGCAAAACAACAUAGAUGGGCUAGCUAAUAUCAUCAAUGGAUAUAUGAACACAAAUGGUGGCGCAACACAUGUAGACAGACAUAAUACAGCAGGCAUACAUUCGCUAUCCUUUUUGAAAAAUUACUGCACGUCACUCUUUUAAUCUGUGACUUUGUAUUACACUGCCCCCAGGUGGCCAAGGUGUGCACACCAGAAGGAGCAGCACAGUGUCCGUUGAAUUGAAGCCAAAAAAAAAUGCAAAAACUUUAAUUCUUUACAUUCCACUUAUGUCAUCACUAUGUUUUUAUAAACUUUUGAAUGCCUUUUUUUUGUUUUUUUAUUAAAAACACAUUACAAAUUAGUUUUGUUUUUUGGGGGGGAUUCUGUAACAGGUUAAGAGUAUUUCC